AUGAAGUUUUCUUUUCAACAUAGAGCAUUUUAUUGUUAUUUAGGAAUGAGUGUAUGGAUUUUUUUUCUAAUUACAGUUGUUUACAAAUAUAUGUCAGUGGCGGAGGAUACAGUCGCAUUAAAGGUACCACAAAACGAAUAUAUAUCAAGAAGUGACUCAAAGUACCGAAAACUAUUUCUCCGAGUCUGCAAUCCCCCUGAUAGUAUUGUUAGAGGAUCAGAAGCCGCUGUAGACACAGAUACAUGGCUAUUGCAAGGAGUUCUGGUGGUAACUAGACAUGGAGACCGAGGACCCCUCACUCACUUAAGAGGGGGGGAUAAACUGCCUUGUGACACUGUACCUGUGUCUCCUCUACUUAAAGGUUAUGAAGAAUUUGUAUUAAAUGCAAGCGCGUCAGGUCGUGCAUGGUGGGUAGCCGGUCCAGGGCCAUUUCAUAAUUUCCCCUCUUUGCCCCGUGCUGCCGCUACUCACUGUGCAUUGGGUCAGUUAACACCAACUGGGGUCCUGCAGAUGAUAACUGUUGGUAACAUUCUUAGAGAGGCAUAUGCUGAUAAGCUUGGGCCCGAAUAUAUGGAUUUGACGGGAAAACGUGAUACAGGUGGCGUCUUGUACAGCACCCGGUACCGGCGCACGUUCCAGUCGGCGCAGGCGCUGGCGUGGGGCAGCACGCGCGCGGCGGCGGCGGCGCGCGAGGCUCACAGCGUGGCCUUCUGCUUCCGGCACUGCGCAUGCGCCGCACACCACGCGCUCGCCAAAAAAAUCGGUCUACAAGCAAAAAGUAGGUUAGAAUCUCAUCCAGCCAUCAAGGAAUUGAUACGAAAACUUUCGAACGUAUUAUUCGAAUCUCAAGAAUACGUAGACGCGGAUGUUGUUAGAGACGCAUUACUAGCGUACAUGUGUCACGACGCUCCUCUACCAUGUACAGAAAAACUAAAAACAAAGCCAAAACAGUCAAUCAAGAAGAGGAGAAAACUACGCUCAGAAACCCUUCCCAACAGACACCUUCUAGACGUUGAUAUUGACACCCUGAAUAUGGAAUUAGAUUAUAUAAACAAUCAGCUAGAUUUUAAUAAUGAAAUUGGUAGAAAGGCGAGAGAUAUUAUCGGUAGGUACGAUAAGCAAAAAGCACCUUUAGAUUUUGACGCUCAAAUGGAAAGAGAGAAGCUUCUGUACUACCAACAGAGAUAUAUGGACAAUGCGGAUUCUUAUGAUGACGUUGUGAUUGUUAAAAAGAAUUUAGACGCGGAUUUUAAUUUUCCAAAUGACGCUCGAGAAACUGAUUUCGAGGAAGACUAUAAAGAUCCGACGCCGGAGAAUAAAGAGGAGUUCUGUAUUAAGAAGGAACAUGUCAUGUCUGUUUUCGCUUACUUGGAAUGGAGCUACAGGCAAGAAUUUAAAAAUAUCUAUAACAGGAGACGUGGACUUUUAAUAGCGUACGGUUUGAUUCACAAUAUUGUUCAAAAUAUGAUCAGGAUAAUAUCAGAGAACAGACCAAAAUUUGUAGUCUACUCAGGACAUGAUAAAACGUUGCAAGCGCUAAUGUUAGCUCUAGGUCUAAAUAGCCAUAAGCAUUAUAAUAUUCAUUACGCAUCUAGAAUGAUCUUCGAGGUUUACAGGAAAAAAGAUUUGCGGGACGAGUUUAAAUUUACGAAAAGGAAAGCAGUUGCUCAAGAUUUUUAUUUCCGCGCCGUUUAUAACGGCGAGGAUGUAACAAAUAAAUUGAGUUUUUGUAAGAAUCGUCAAAAUAUCGUGAUGAAGGUCAACGACCCAAUCGACGAUCUCAAAACGUAUAACACAUAUCUAUGUCCGAUAGAAAAUAUCGUCAGGUUCAUACACGACGAUUUUUUUUCCGGUUUCAACGUAAGUAACUUUAAAGAUGCGUGCGCUACAUACGGUAACAGUAAACACAUCGUCUAGACCAAGUUGACAAUUAGACUUUAUAACUUGAUACAAGUAAUCAUAUCACAUUAAGUAAUAAUAAAAUAGUAGUAUAUAUUAAA